AUGGCCGCAGCAAACAAAGAAGAAGAACUUCCAAUACUAAGUCCCGCCGAUUUAGAGGCCUUUAAAAAAGAUUUACUUGCUACCGUUUACAAUCACACAAAUACCCAACUAUUGAUUUAUCAACGCGGAAAAUCGUUAAAAAAUUCCAAAAAUAUAAAAACCAAGAAAUCUACCAAACCACCAACGACCUUGCUGAAUGAUGAACCCAUGCCAUCAGAGGAAAUAUUGGAUGACAUAAAACUGGACAAAGAAUUAGAUGCAUUACGACAGAUUUAUGAAUUGGCCUAUAAUGAAUUAACCAAACAGUUAACACCUAUUGACGAGGAUGGUAAUUUACAAAGUGACACAAUUACCGAACAUUCCGAGCUAAUGCAGACGAUUGAAUCACGUCAACAAAACAAUAAUGAAGUCGAUAUAAUUACAAAGGAACUACGUGAAAAUAAAACUAUUCUGCGGCAGCUCAAGGAACAAAUGAAAGAAGAAAAAACAAAUUUCGACGAGAAGUUUGCCAAUAGGACCGAACGUUUGGAACAACUUCGUGACCAGUUGCACAAUAUUAAACGCAUAAAUGAUUUAGAAUGUCGUCUCGUCGAGAAAUGGGAAGCAAAUCGUCUCUCGCAAGCCACAAUAAUGGGCCAGAAUGAAGAACGUUCACUGAUGAAACAAAUUGUCGAUUUACAUCGUCGUUUGGCUGGCGAACAGCGUCUAAUUUGUGAAGUUGAAUCAUUUCGAAAACACGAAGCUACCCAGUUGCAGGAACAAAUUGCCCAUUGGGAACAAAAAUUUAAAGAUGAAAAGGCAAAGAUUUUUGAUAAAAAUUUACAGCUAAGUGAAAGUAUUGCCGAAAUUAUAAAAUCACAUGAAAAACAUUCGGAAAUAAAAGCCGAACGUCAGCAGUUCGUCAAUGAGUAUUUACGGGAGAAGGAAGAGGAGCGCCGUCUCUAUGAAGAACAAAUGUAUCGUGUUGAGUGUGCUGUACGCAUACAAUCUUGGUGGCGUGGCACGAUGGUGCGGAAUGGACUUGGACCGUAUCGUAAGAAAUCGAAAAAGAGUAAAAAAUCAAAAGCUAAGAAAUAA